AUGGCAGACCCAUCAACCUACAGCCUCGACGCUUUGCAGGGAGCAGACUCUGCCUAUGACGCCAACCGAAACCUUUCUCUAUUGAACGGGCCCAAGGAGCCAGAACUUCUUCUCAGUACUCUUGGUUCACUAAUUGAGGAGCAAGCCGUGGCUUUCGGCGACCGGUGCGCAGUCUCGGUACCAUGGCAGUCCACCCGUUUAUCCUAUCGAGAUCUUGCCGAUCGGAGCAAGGUCGUGGCAAAGGCUAUGCUCGAGAUGGGCGUUCGUCACGGGGAUUGCAUUGGAGUUAUGGCUGGCAAUUGCUUCGAGUAUAUUGAAAUUUUCUUCGGGGGCUCACGUAUUGGCUGUCCCGUCGUCGUCAUCAAUAACACCUUUUCUCCAGAGGAGCUGGCCGCCGCAGUGACCCGUGUCAACUGUAAGUUAUUAUUCAUAGCUUCCACAAUCGGCACCCGAUCGUGUCAAGGACACAUCGAGAAGCUGGUCCAGCUUCCCGUCGCAGACACGCACCUCAAGUGCCUUGUUGCUCUGGGAGACAACUAUGUGGACCAUGGGAACGGGGUUGAGGUCCAGUCCUACCACAACUUUCUUGGCAACGCGCAUUCGAUUUUCAUGAACGAUGCCGUCCUCAGGCGAGCCGAGCGCCGAGUAAAACCAUCUGAUGUGCUGAACCUACAAUUUACUUCCGGAACUACUGGCGUACCUAAAGCCGCUUCUCUCACACACUUGAACUUGAUCAACAAUGCCCGAUUUGUCGGAAACUCGAUGAAGCUCACCAAAGACGACGUGGUUUGCUGCCCCCCGCCGCUCUUCCACUGCUUCGGACUUGUGAUGGGGUUAUUGGCAUCGUUUUGCUACGGGAGCUCAAUCAUCUUUCCGUCCGAUACUUUUGACGCUCAAAAGACCAUUGACUCGGUGGUUGCGGAGAAAGCCACCGCGUUGCUUGGCGUGCCUACCAUGUUCAUCGCCGAGCUGGAAGUGCUCGAAAAGAAUCCCGUGAAGAUCACCACGGUGCGGACUGGCCUCGCCGCAGGAUCUCCCGUGCCCAAGAUCCUCAUGGAAAACCUCCGUGAGAAGAUGAAUAUUCAAGGAAUGUUAAUUGCAUAUGGAAUGACGGAGACGAGUCCGGUAACAUUCAUCACAUCGCUGGAAGACCCAGAGGAGAAGAUGCUCAACUCGAUCGGACGAGUUUUACCUCACACGGGUGCCAAGAUCAUUGAUAUCAAUGGAAACAUUGUACCAGUUGGAGGUCGUGGCGAGAUUUGUACCAGUGGGUUUGCACUACAAAAGGGCUACUGGAACGAUGAGGCAAAAACCCAAGAGGUGAUGAGACCAGAUGAAGACGGCGUCAUGUGGAUGCACACGGGAGACGAGGGCUUCAUCGACGCGGAAGGAUACGGGCACAUCACGGGCCGCAUCAAGGAUAUCAUCAUUCGCGGAGGCGAGAACAUCACUCCACAUGAGAUUGAGAACCGUUUGCUCGCCCACCCCAUCAUCACGGAAGCUUGCGUCGUCGGCCUCGCAGACGAAAAAUACGGUGAGGUUGUUUCAUGCUUCCUAAAGGGCUCAGGGGACCAGCCCAAGACACUAUCGGAUGGUGAAGUCCGCGGCUGGGUUGGGCAAGUGUUGGGCCGAGUCAAGUCUCCUCGACAUAUUUUCUGGCUGGGUCACGGAAGCGUCCAAGGCGAUCUUCCCAAGACUGGGAGCGGCAAGUAUCAAAAGCAUUUGAUUCGGGAGAUUGGUAACGCGAUUUUGAAGAGAGGAGCAGGCGUGCGAGCUAGACUUUGA